AUGGAGGUCAACAAGGCGGCGCCGCCGGCUGCGGCGGCGGCGGCGGAGGAGGAGGAAGAGGCCAGAAUUCUCAACGGCGAGCACGGCGGCGGCGACAGUGACGAGGAGGUGGUGGCGGAGGAGGAGGAGGAGGUUGAGGAGGUGAAGGACGAUGAGGACGGUGAUAGCGGAGACGAUGACGACGUGGAAGACGUUGACGAGGUUGAGGAGGACGUCGAGAACGUGGAAGAGGAGGACGACGAUGACGACGUGCAGGAGAUCUUCCCGCCGGGAAGCGGCGUUCCACAGGUGGCGUUGGACGAGGAAGAGGACGACGAAGAGGAAGAGGAGGGGGACGAGGAUGAGGGGGGCGGCGGAGACGACGGCGACGACGACGACGACGACGACGACGAAGAAGAAGAAGAGGUAGAAGAAGAGGUUUGUAUGCCGAAUUGA